UUUCCUCCACUCUCAUCCACCAUCCACCAUCCCUCUUCUCUGCUCUGCUCUCUCUCUCUCUCUCUCUCUCUCUCUCUCUAGCCUACUCUCUCAAAGCUCAAUCUACCCCAAGCUCCUUCAGAAAUGGCGACAUCAUCGAGCCCUCGAUUGUCCUCGAGGCUUCAGCUCAUCAAGCAACACCUCCUCGGCGAGUCCUCCCCGAUCGGAGCUGCCUUCAUGGCUGAUCUCGCGACCACCGCCGCCGCCCCAUCCUCCGACUCCAUCGCUUUCGAACCCGCAAUCGAACCCUCUGGCUCCGAAUCUCAAUCCUCCGUCUCCUUCUCCCACUUCGAUUGCCUCCCACCUGAAGAUCUCCUCGAGUUCGAUGUCAGCUCGAUCGCUUUCGUGCAAAACCAGAGCGAGAGCUUCAGUUUCGAAGCGAAACCUCAAAAGCUCGACCUAAUUCCUCCGAUGGCAGCGAACUGGAGCUCAUCGAUGAGCUCCGAAACGGAACCUUUCUUCGGGUUUGAAGCGAACCCGGUGAUUAUCAGUAAAACGGCUUCCAAAACCUCGCAAUCAAGCAAGAAGCCAUCGCUGAAGAUCGCUGUGCCGAGAAAAGUCGAGUUGCUGCAAUUCUCCAGGGAGAAUCAGACGGUUCAAAAGGGUUCGAAUCAAGCGCACGACGAACAGAGGCACUAUAGAGGAGUCCGGCGGAGGCCGUGGGGGAAGUUCGCGGCAGAGAUCCGAGACCCGAACCGGAAGAGCUCGCGCGUCUGGCUCGGAACUUUUGACACCGGGAUCGAAGCUGCGAGGGCCUACGACCAAGCCGCCUUCAAACUCCGUGGAUCUAAGGCGGUCCUCAACUUCCCUCUUGAAGCCGGCAAGCUUAAACCGGCGGCGGCCCCGGCCGAUGACAAGAAACGACUCCGUGAGGAGGAGGAGGAGGCGAGCGAGGUCAUCGUGAAGAAAGAGAAGGUGGUGGAGUCCGAUGCAGGCAAGUGUAGGGACGGUCCUUUGACGCCGUCUAGUUGGACGGGGACUUGGGACUGUGAUGACGCGAUGGGGAUCUUCAACGUUCCACUGCUGUCGCCGUUAUCUCCGAUUCCGGCUUUAGGGUUUCCUCAGCUCAUGGUCGUCUGAGAAGAGUCUCUUCUUUUUCGCUUUCUUUCUUGGAGAAACGAUGUUCAUAGUUCGGUGAUGUUAGGAUUAGGAGUUGAGAAGAUGAUUAUUGAGAUGAAUGAUCACUUCGAGGUGAAUGUUUUGCGUAGCAAAUGACAAUCUUUUGGCCAAAAUGAAGAUGAAUGAUUGAUUGAAA